AUGGUCAAUGGUCUGGUCGGACCAUUGGCCGGCUCGGUUGGCAGGACACUGGUGGGCAGCGUGGAGCAGCUGGGAGCAGCAGUGCGCAGCAGGGACCGGUGGGGAGCAGCCGUGGCAAAGAUGAGGAUGUGUUGGUUGGAUGGAGCUGGCGGAGGACGUGGAUUGGUACCAUUUGCAGCCGAGGAUGGAGCACUCGAGGUGGAUCAAGGUAAAUUUAAAAAAUCAAAGUUUACUUGA